AUGGGCGAGGAGCCAGUUACGGAAGCACCUUAUACUCCCGUGGAACUCUCCGAUCUGGACGAGGAAGCCCGUUGUUGCCCUCCUGUGGGCCGUACAGCGGUCGAUGCGUUUGAAAGACCACCGUAUCUUACAACAUACAACAUGCCUCCAUCGAUGCUGAGGUGGGGAACUGUAGCCGUUCGAGGUACGCCGGUCAGAAGAGACGACGGAUAA